AAUUGAAAUAUCGAAACCGCUAUCAAGCAUCCCUAAGUUGGUCUCCGGGGAAAAAAAUUAAAUUUAUACAGCAAGAAUAAAGUGCAAUAGAUCUUAAGUGUAUGUGUAGAUUGAUUUAAAGCUAACGCCAGGAAUCUUUAAACACCUAAGGUGAUAUUUAAAUGCCGUAAUGAGUAACUGUCCGGUCAAAAGUCGGUGAUUUUUUCCCUAAGCUGUGAAAUUAUGAAUACCGUGGAAAUAUGUUGAAAAUGUUGGAAAUAACUACGCAAUGAAAUGAUAAAGAAUACGCUUGCAUAAAGGUUGGCGCUGAAAUCAUAGUGCAAAAGUAGAAAAAGAAAUAUUUUACCGACGCUCGAACACACACUUAAACACACGCACACACACAUGCCGUACGCAAAACUAUCGAUAAAUAGUGCCAGAGUUGUAUUCUUGAUGAAUGUUUGUUGAAAAUCAAUUGAUGCGCUGCACUUAACUGCUACAACAAGAAAAUAAGAAUUUUGUGAAGAAAUUUUGAUAUUGUAAAAUAAUUGUUGGUGCUUUUAAAUUGUUUCUCAUUUUAUAUUUAUGUGGCGCGAACUAAAUUGAAAUUAUCCUCGCACUGCGAUACAAUCCCUGCUACCUUAUUGCCCUUGCCCAAGUACAGUUGCGCCCAUAAGCAAAACUACGGGGUGGGCGCGCGCUUUCCAAUAAUAAAACCAAAUACCAGUCACAUCAGCAACAGAAGCAAAGGAUCAGGCCUAGAAAAUGGGUGAAGUAAAAUCCGUCAAGGUCGACAACUGGGGAGUCUUCUUCCUCCAGAAGCUGCAAAAUUUCUUCAACAAAACGGACUAUUGUGACCUGACCCUACAAUUCCGGGACAACUCACAGUUGAAGGUCCAUCGUCUGGUGCUGAGUGCUUGCACAGACUAUUUUAAUGUCCUGGAGCAGACCUGUGAGAUUAUCGAUGAUGCCCUAAUCAUGCCCAACGAAUUUCAAGCAGAUGUUGUGGUGCCCAUUGUCAACUUUAUGUACACCGGUACGCUCGAGUUUGAGCUGAAGAUGUAUGGCAAACUGUUGCGUACAGCGAAAGAGAUGAAUAUGACUGUUUUGCUAAAACUAUUGGAGGCUCAUCGCCGCACAAUGGAAAAUGUGAACCGACAGCAGAGGCCACCCAGUCCUAAGGGUGUACGGCGACGGACAGUUGUGGGUCCGGGAAGUAAUAUCAAUGCGGGACAACAGCAGGUGACAACAGGAACGAGGGUAGGUCAAGUGCCAUCUUUACAGAGCCGUAGCAUAGUGAGCACACCGAACCAGCGACCCCAGAUUAAUACGCAACGUCCUGUAAUUGGAGGAGGCCUGCAGCGUACCGUCAAACCGGAGGUGACUUCACCUUUCGAGCAAUUACGGAAGGGAUACAAUAACAACAAAAGACCGGCCCAGCCGAGUCUAUUGUCGCCACCGUCAAAAAAGCUUAGUCUCGAGGAGGUCAAGGAAUUCGCCGAGCAACAGAGAAUGCGCAAACAAAUUGCAGCCGAAUAUGGAGAUCAUGAUCCUGAUUAUGACGGCGGAUUGCCCUACGAUGAUGUGCACGCUGGAGAUGAUGAUGACGAUGAUAUGCCGCCGCAGCCUUCCACAUCGAAGCAGCAACAACAGCAAACGACUGCGACGUCACAGCAGACCACAUUGGGCACUACUACCAUUAUAGUUAAACAGGAUUCACCCAGUCAAACACCCACAAUUAUAGUCAAGGAUUCGUCCAAUACUAAGCUUAAUCAUACGAAAAUCAUAGCCGAAGUCUUGCGUCAAUAUCCACACAUAGUCAAGGGCCACAAGAAUAUUAAAUUAAAAAUAAUGCCCAGCAGUCCGGUAGAGAAAUCCUCACCGACACCAGCUCCUGCUCCUGCCGCGCCAGCUCCAUCUGCAGCUCCUGUGGCGACAUCUUCCACAUCGCCGCACAAGAAGUUGCAUGUGUCGUUUAAAUCGGAUAAGAGCACGCCCAUGAUUACCACACAGCCUAAGGCGCCACUGAGGGAGUCCCAAGUUCAACAGCAGCAACAGAAGCCAGCUACUCCAGUAUCUGCUCCUGCUGCAAACACAACUUUGGGCCAUAGUAGCUCCACACCAGCUCAGAAGCGUCGUAUUGACAGCAAAACCAUGCAUGCUCUGAUUGCGCAAGGACCAGAGAAUACAACAGGUCCCUGGCUGUGCUUACGCUGUGGCGUCAAUGGACGACCUAUCAGCAUUCCAUCGUAUCGAGGAUUCCGACGACACCUUAUUAAUACCCACAAAGAGACUAUUGAUCCCAAUCUCUGCGAGCAUUGUGGCUGGCGUUCGUCCAAUAAUCGGGAACUUCAUUUCCACAUGCAGACGGAACAUCAAAUUAAAUCCCUGCUCUACACGUUUGCCGAUUGUGUCCUGUGCAAUCAAUCGUAUCUCAGCAAGGAUCAGCUGGAGGCGCACAUUAACGAGUCCCACACCGACGACGAGAAACAACAAUGCAUUUACUGCAACAAGGUGUUCGAGCAAGAAUUGCAACUCUAUCGACACAUGAAAAACUCGCACAAGGCUCAGGCUCUUGAAGAUGGCAUAAUCGAUGAAACCGAUGAGGAAUAUCUCGGCUCGCAAGUCGACGAGGAAGAGGAGUCACAGACAGAGCACGAUGAAUUGCAACAUGAUGAGGGAAAAGUGCGCAUAUUGUCGGACAUCAGUUUGCCAACAACCCAUGCCAUUCCAUUGCAGCAGCAGCAAUCGGAGUUGGAUACAAAUUUGGAGCAGGUUGAGCAGCAGGAAGUCAAAUUUGUUGGUGCCGAUGGCAAUGAGGUAGAAUUGACAGAUGAACAGCGCAAAGAGAUUCUAUCGCAGCUAAAUCAACAGCAAGCCGGAGCUCCCAGCGGUGGUGUUGUCAUGGUACUCAGUGAACCCGAGGCCGCAGAUGAAAAACUCCAGGAAGGAGAAGUGGGCGAGGCGGAUGGCAAUAAAUCCCAAGCUGGCACCGAGGAAGAGGAAUACGACGAUAGUCAGAUCUAUAACGAACUUGCCGGCGACUCGGUAGAAAGCAAAAAAGGCGAAGGCGGAGCUGUUGCUGAUGAGAGCAAGGAGUCUAUGGACAAUUUGGAAUGGGCAGAAAAUUUGAUAUCCGAACAGGAAAUGGAGGCAGAACAAGAGGAAAGCAAAGAGCCAAAGCAUACGGAUGAAAAACGAUCCGAUGACAUUAGCGAAAAGCUCAAGGAGCUGACGGGCGAUUGGAGUGAGGAUGAAAAUGAGGAAGAGGAUGAUGCGGGUAUUGAAGCCGCCGAGGCGGAUAAACCGGCCACAGCAGAGAUUGCAGUUGAAGUUGCCAGCUCUAUGACCAAGCAGCCAAAAAAUGAUGAAGCUACACAAAGUCAAGUAGACGAGCCCGUUCCCGCCGCAAUGGAAGUAGACCAGGAGCAGGAGGAGGCGGAUGAUAUUGACCUGGCUCUCGAGUCCCUACACAAAGGCAUUGAUAAAGAAGACACAACCACCGCUACCAGUACACAAAUGGAAGUGGAUAAGCCUGCUGAGGAAUCAGAGCAGACGGAUGCGCCAGCAAACAACGUCUUGGAGGCGAAGCAAGGAGAAACUGUUCAGAUCAAACGAGAAGAUGAUAGCGUUGAGGAGGAGUUCAUUAAAGAAGAUCCAACGCAGGAGUCACAGUCGAAUGCAGUCGAAGCUGCUGCCGAAGAUCUCGAAACGGAGAAUAUACGUAAAGAAUUGCUAGAUGAAUUAAUAGCGCAGGCAGAGAAGACUGACGAGGAGAAGCAGCCAUCGCCUGAGGAUACAGAAACGACAAUAGCCACAGAAACCACAACUGACGAACAAGUGGAUGGUACAGCAAUAACGGCUGCCACGGAACUGUCACCAGAUACGGAUGAAGUUAAACUAAGCACGGAAGAAGACUCUGAGGCAAAUAAAACAUCCGCUACGUCAGACCAGGAAACUAGAGAAGAGGAGGCGAAACCAAGCAGUGGCGAUUCAGCAGCAGCAUCGUCAGAAGAUGAUGUAGUUGCCGACGUUGCAGAUAACAAGGUGAGCGUAAAGUCGCCCGCUGCUACGGAAACGGCGUCGGCAAAAACCUUAACAGAGGAGGCGCAGGCUACGUCCGACGUGGACAAGGUUAAGAGUCUUAUCAGCGAUUGGGUGGACGAAGAUGAGGAAGAAGACGAGAAUGCGGUUAGUGCAGCGGCGAAGGAGGAACUAUAAUUACUAGAUUUAUUCAUGUUCUAAGUUUGAUUCUUCGAUUGAACGUGAAUGUAUAUCUUUUAUAUAUAUAAUAACGAUGAUGAAUGAAUUUUCGGUUUCUUUUGUAAAUUAAAUUGUUAACGCAGAUUGUAUCAAACAUAUGGAGUUAAUUUUAAGAAUAUUUCUAUAUUAUAUGCUAUAUAUGAUGUCCUGACGUCGUGAAUCAUCUCAUCCUUUCCGAUCUAAACACGGAUCAGACCAACCAAAACCAACUAUCACGAAAUCUUACAAAAAUUUUUAGCAUUUUGCAUUCAAAAUUUUUGAUUAAUCGCCUCAUGCAGCCACAUAUUCUAAAACAUAGGCCCCAAAGAAGGUCCUGAAUAAAUUCGUAUGUUAAAAUUAUACGUAUAUGUAUAUUAAUUACAUAUACCAGACAUACAUAGAAAAUAGAUAUAUGUAGUGAUGUCGUUUUAAAUCGGUUUAAAACACAAAUGAAAGCAAAUUGAUUAUAUAUUAUAUUAUGUAUGAUUGGCUUAAGAGAUAAAGGCAAAACAGAAUCGAUCCACGAGAAUUUAGGAAGAAGAAAUAUUUUUUUGAUUACCAUAUAAAUUGUAAGAUCUAAUAUAUAUAUAAAUAUAAAUAGGUAAAACAAACAAAAGAAAAAACAACAACUACAGAUACUUUUGGAGUAUGCAACAUAUAAAUGUAGACAUUAUAUUGAA